CCCUCAUCGCUUUCCCCAGCCGGCUGGCGGCUCCUCCUCCUCCUGCGGCCAUGGAGACGGUGCAGCUACGCCACCCGCGCCGGCAAUUAAGGAAGUUAGAUGAAGAUAGUUUGACGAAACAACCUGAAGAAGUAUUCGAUGUGCUAGAAAAACUUGGAGAAGGGUCCUAUGGCAGUGUAUUCAAAGCUAUCCACAAAGAAACUGGCCAAGUUGUUGCAAUUAAGCAAGUUCCUGUUGAGUCUGACUUGCAGGAGAUUAUUAAAGAGAUAUCCAUAAUGCAGCAGUGUGAUAGUCCUCAUGUAGUCAAAUAUUAUGGAAGCUAUUUUAAAAACACGGACCUCUGGAUAGUCAUGGAAUAUUGCGGUGCCGGAUCUGUGUCAGAUAUCAUUCGACUGAGAAAUAAAACGUUGAUGGAAGAUGAAAUUGCUACGAUAAUACAAUCAACACUCAAAGGACUAGAAUACUUGCAUUUCAUGAGGAAAAUACACCGUGACAUCAAAGCUGGCAACAUAUUGCUCAAUACAGAAGGGCAUGCUAAACUUGCAGAUUUUGGAGUAGCAGGCCAACUUACAGAUACCAUGGCCAAAAGAAACACUGUGAUAGGGACUCCCUUUUGGAUGGCGCCAGAAGUGAUCCAAGAAAUUGGAUACAAUUGUCUGGCGGACAUCUGGUCUCUGGGCAUUACUGCCAUUGAAAUGGCUGAAGGAAAACCACCCUAUGCUGAUAUUCAUCCAAUGAGGGCAAUUUUCAUGAUUCCCACAAAUCCACCUCCAACGUUCCGAAAGCCAGAAUUGUGGUCAGACGAAUUCACAGAUUUUGUAAAACAAUGUCUUGUAAAGUCUCCGGAACAAAGAGCCACUGCCACGCAGCUGCUUCAGCAUCCAUUUGUAAAAAAUGCCAAAGGAGUUUUCAUUCUGCGAGACCUGAUUAAUGAGGCAAUGGAUGUUAAACUGAAAAUUCAGGAAGCUCAACAGCGCGAGAUGUAUCACGAUGAUGAAGAAAAUUCAGAAGAAGAUGACACUGAUUCUAGGACCAUGGUGCGAGCAAGGGGACAAGAGACUGGUACAAUCAGAGCUGCUUGUGGAAUGAGUGACGGCAUCAAUACCAUGAUAGAAUACAAUGACACGUUAGAGUCACAGCUGGGAACAAUGGUCAUAAAUGCAGAAGAUGAGGAAGAUGAAGGGACAAUGAAGAGGAGAGAUGAAACAAUGCAGUCCGUCAGACCAUCUUUCCUUGAAUAUUUCGAACAAAAAGAAAAAGAGAAUCGGAGAAACAACUAUGGGAGGCAGGUGCCUGAAAGAUACUCCUCAGAUUGGAGAGUACCUCAGGAUGGUGAUUACGAAUUCUUGAGGAACUGGACCGUUGACGAACUUCAAAGGAGACUCGGGGCGCUUGAUCCCAUGAUGGAGCAGGAGAUAGAAGAGGUUCGCCAAAGGUAUCAGUCAAAACGGCAGCCAAUUCUUGAUGCCAUUGAAGCAAAGAAAAGACGCCAGCAGAACUUCUGAGGGAAGCUUGGCAGUAGAAUAGAUUUCCAUCAUCCCUAACAAUAAAACUGUGCUUCUAUUACUACUGUGUAGGUGGAUUUCUGUUUUAAAUAUGUUAGAGAAGCAGGCAGAUGUCUGCUCCCUUCAUUUACUGUAGCACCUUUUUGAACUCAGGAACGCCGUUGCGUGGAGUCCUUGUGAACAGAUUAUGUUGUGUUUCGAUGUUAGUUGUGUUUCAAGUAGCUUGCAUGUUGCUUUCGAGGAGUCCUGUUACCAUUUGGAGCUAGUCUUUGUUUUUAUGCAUCCACAGAACAAUCAGAAAUGGACUAAAGAGCAUUUGCGCUCAAGGUUUUCAGCCAGUUUCAUACGUUUGUUUUCUACCAGAUGAACUUAUUCUGCACUAUGAUGUUGAACUGCUGUGAAAGCUGAAUGAUAUCUCUUGUUUGGGUUCAUUUAGGUUGGUGUGCAAGGAUGCAAAUAUGUGCUUUUUCAUGAAAAUCUUGAAGUGUUUGUUAAACACACUUCUCUAUUCUAUUAGAUUGAUCCAGGAAAAGAUGCAUCAUUUAACUUGUUCUGUAUUGCCUAUUCCACCACUGUUUAUUAAACUACCCUGUCUUUCAUCUUUGCCCUGUUACUGUUUUAAUGGUACUCUGGAAAUAGUUUUUAAAAGAAAAUUGGUUUAGUGUCAAGAAUAUGCAAGAAUAUGUUUCAGUGUUUGAAAAGGAAUAUGAACUUUUUUUGUCCCUUCCAAAAGCCUCUAAAAGCCCCAUGCCUUACAUUGUUCCUUGUAAAGCAUUGUGUUUUAAGCCUGCAUUUCUGUCAUUUCUACUGUGUAUGUACUUCGAGUGAAAGCUAAUAUUUUUGAAUGAUUUCUUGGCAUUUUAAUAUAUACUUCAGUGUGAAACUAAUCCAUUACUCAAGAAAACAUGAA